AUGGCUGUCGGCUUCAUAAUAUCCAGAAACUUCUUGCUGCACCAGAAUGUCCACUGCGUUCUCGGUUCGUCAUCAGCUCUCUGCAAUUCUGGCGGAGCGCUGCAUUUUGAUCGUUUAAAGAAGAAGCUUAGUUGCACGCUUCUUUAUCAUCAAGAUGAAGAGAGUGUUUCGAACACAUCCGAAUGGCCAGUAGCCGCGUUUGUUGAUCUUGGGGAGCUUGAAAGCUUGCGAAAAGACACGCUGCGAUGCUACAGGACUGCACGAUAUAAUCCUCCCGGUCAAGCUAUUUGGCAACAUAAAUGGAAAAGACUCAAUCCACCUGAGCCGCUGCAAGAUCCAUAUAUUGUUGCACUAUUGAUUGCUGUAGCCCAGAAAAAGCGGCAACAUUUGGACAAAGCCGGCUCUAUGCAGGAAGCCGAAGGGGGAUUCUUCUCGUCUCAGGUUCUAUGCUCGUUCAAGUCUAAAGAUUAUCUUUACCUUUACACGGCGAGCAUUUCUUCCUUCUUGUUGGAUAUGUUUGAUGAUUCGUCUAUAUCACCGCCAACACCCAUAUGCACUUCAGUUGAGGUCCAUGAAGUACCUAUUUCGCCACCCCAGACGCUCCGCGCUCGUCUCUUAACACUCCUUUGCCCAUCAAUGUCUACCCCGGAUAUCAAGCGGAAUCUGGACAAUAAGGCUCCAGAUACGUCACUGCCAACGACAGUUGGAUGUAUCAAUCUUGAUCAGAUGUGA